AUGCGAGAGAAGGAUUUCGGAAUUGAGAACACGGACAAAAAUGGGCGAGUUGUGUAUGUCGAAAAGGGUAGUUUCUUGAUCGAGAUACUGAAGCACAUUGAUGCUGGUGGUGACAGUGGAUGUCUUUGUGAGAUAUAUUGUUCUUUUAGGGAACAGUCCAGGUAUUAACAUUAAUAAAUAAAUGCAUCGUAAUAUUUCAUAUUUAAUUUGACAAAUUCACAUAAUAUUUAUAUCUAUAUCAUGCAUCCUCUUUUAGCUACAUAUAAUUUGCAUAACACAUUGUCAUUGAUAUAAAUUUAUUGGCUGCUAAUAUACAAUAUUACUUUGAAUCGUCUGCUGGUAAUGAUACAUUUAUUUAAUUAAACAAAUGUUAAUGAAUGUAAAAGACAUUUUCCUACUAUACUUGUUGAACUUUUCGCUUAUUAAGACUAAAUGUUGUCUUCCAUAUUUCCACAAUCUAUUGCGGUUCCUCUUUGUCUUUCUAUAAAAACGUAUAACAUGCAUGUAUUAAAUUUAGUUAAAUGCCUAGGACCAGUAGGACUGCUAUUUGGGCUUUUGCGAAUUUUUAUUUAUGCAUACUAAAGUUUAAACGAACGGGUACGCCAGCUUUUUGUUAUAUUUAAUUGUACACUGACAUUAUCAAAGUUUCAAUAUUACAACAAUCAGUAUUACACCUAGUUCUUUUCUUGUAACAACAAACCAAACAUAAAAAUUUUAACACAGCAAGCCAAUAUAUGCGCAAAAAAUAACGGACGCAUGUCGUUCAUAUAGGCUACCCUGGGAACGAAGUUGGAUUUUAUUGUCACCUACUACAAUGUCCCUGCUAUGUAAAGUCCAUACAGACUGGACGCGAAUUUUCACUGACAUUGAACUUUAAUACUGUUCUAUGCUUUUCAGAUCGGAACCACUUAAGCCAGUUAAGCUAUUUGGUCUGCAUAUCUUGUAAAAUUUUUAUCUGUUGACGAUUUAAUUGAAAAUAAAAAAAAAUAAACUGAAAAUUUGCGUUGUGUGUGUUGUCUAAUCACGUUCGGUUGGUAUGGGCCGAUACACUUUUGACAUUUACAUUGUAUUCCAUUGGCAAUCAUAUGUAGGCUGUAUGCAUGCAAACCCUUUUCAGUGUGGUUAUUUCCAGAGUGUUUUUGUGAACUCCUACGUCGCAUAAUUAAAAAGUCUGUUCUCAACAAGAGUGACUAGUGUACUAACAAUCCUUUGAACAAUCCUGUGAAUACACUUAAUUGUAUGAAUAUGCCUUGUGUCUUGUAAUAUAAUAGUUUGUGACAGUUUAAUUCAUAAGAUUUGCAAUACUCGUGUGCCAACAAAAGAAAAGUAUUACAAUGGUCAAUACUUUGUUUAUCGUUUAAAUAUAGAAGAACAAUUUUACCUUCUCACUCCUUUGUUGAUUUAACUUGACCAUUUCUUUCAAACGAAUUAUUUUAGAUAAUAAAAUGGAACCAUUGCAAAGCUUGCUAACUGCAUUCUGUUUGCAAACUUUGUUUGCUUUAGCCUGGGGUGUGACGCAUGCUUUUAAAAUUUACGUCAUCAACUUACCUGAACUCAUAGCUGCAUGGUAGGUGUUUUGAGAUGCAACUGACAAGUUGUUGCCUUGCUGGAAGGAGGAAAAUAGGGUAUAUGACAUUUGUUGAAAAAGUGGUUAAACAUUCGUUUUUAACUUAGACUCAGUCUUUUCCAUCAUGCGUCUGGCUUUUCCAUCAUGUUUAGAGGAUGUGUUACAAUUACAGUGGAAUCCAACUAUCUUGUUUCACUUUAUCUCGAACUAAAAGUUAAUCCCCUUGAAAUAUGCAUGGCAGUGGACCUCACAAAGUGUUUGAGCCAGCGGCAUCAUUUGCUACUGCUUAUCUCUAAAUUGUCUGGACCUUGAUAGUCCACAACAGGAAAUAACCGACCACAGAGUUUAUUUAGGUCGCCAAAAAUAAUUUGUUCAAGAAAAAAAUUUUUUACUUGUCGGUUGAAAAUGACCUGACACCCUCCCUGGAAAAUUUCCUGAGGACGGCCCUGAAUAACCAUUGCAUGCAUCAAACAUAUAAACUAUUCAUUUUCAUUAUUCAUGCGGAUGUGGUAAGCCUUUCGAACAUUGCAUAACACAAUAAAUGUGAAACUUUUUGCACAAGCUUCAAGUUAUUUAGCUUGAACGCAACUCUCACUAUUUCAAUCUCCCACUAUAUCGAAUAAUUCCUCAUAAUAAUGUAAGAGUUCGAAGCUUAAAUAUACUCAAUCUAUUUUGUAAUUUAAUGUAAAGAUUGAAAAUUUUCUGGGGAUUUUUAUGGACAAAAUCUUGCCAUUUGCAAGGGUCGAAUACAUUUCGAAUGCCAUUUCUUCCAUUUUGCAUAUAUUGUUAGCUGAACUUUGGGCUUUUACUAAUAUUGACCUGCUCUUUUCAUUUCUUGCGUUCAUUUUGACAGUUUCUAGUUUUCGUGUCAUGCACGUGACCAAUGUUUGAUUCAUACUUCGUCAACUUGCUAUUACCGAACUAAUUAUCUAAGUAGUAAGUAACUGAAAAAAAAGGUCAAUACCUUUCAGAUUUUAUCCAUUGGACCAUACACGCAUGUGCGGCGAUCCAAAGCGAUGCAUCUCUUUGAAUGUAGAUAGCACAGGAAAAAUCUCAGUGAUCACUUUGUAAAAGGGAACUAAUGAACGGAUGUCCUAUUUAAUAUUAUACUUUUUAGGGAAUGUUUCUUCAGGCUCCAAAGAGUAAUGACCGGAGGACCUGGAAAAUUUGUGGAAGAGUUAAACCGAUCUUUUGGAUCAGGAGUACUUACGAGUACUUUGGAACCACUGGAGUUUCGAAUUUUUUUAAAUGGCUAAUGAAAAACUAUUUCAGGUAUAUUUCAUGUAGUAAAUCUUGUAUACGUACCCUAAUAUGCGCUGAUUCGAAAGCUGAAAAUAUUGAUCUCAAAACACCUGUUUUUAAACCUUGAGCCCUUAUGUAUUAAUCUAAUCCAAUCCUUUAAUUAAAUAACUUUUUUCAACUCAUUGAUGCUAUUGUUGUUUUGAUACCAUGGGGAUAAACAACGUUCAUAGGCACCAUAGCUAUAUAUAAAUUAACUACAUUUGUAGGUUUAACCUUAUUUCUUCAUUCGUUUAUGUAUUCGAAACCACUAUAAUACACAUGCACCUCGUGUUUUGUAUAAUACAAGAUACAUUUCAUUUUAUAGAAAAUGUCGCAUUAACAAUAGGAGAGACACCUACAAGGCAGCAAGCUGUAUUGGUCGACAACCAGAAAGUAAUACAUGGGUGCUUGGUAAACAUAUUGAAAUAACUGGCGAUGGAAAUUUGGUUGAUCCGGAGAAUACGUCAUUUGUAUUCAUCAAGAGUCUUCUUGAUUCCGAAGCGUCUUGCCAUGUUACAACCUCGUUCCCAGGGCUUUUCCCUUUUUGUCAUUGGGAAGGCGGGAAAAGGCCCUGGCACCGUCCGGUCUUCUAUGUGUUCUGAUUGGUCAAUGACAAGACAUUAUUAUGCAAAUAAUGCAAUCUUGGAUUAAUUUAUUCAAACUUUGGGAUAAAUUAACAUUUCAUGCAAGGAGUGUCCAUUAUUAAUACUUUGUCCGUCUAAGAAAUAUUUUUGGCAAAAUCUGUGGCAAAAUGGUUAAAUUCGAUAAGAUUUAUACACAAUUUGUCAAAGGUUAGUAUUAUUGUUUGUUUUAAAGUGCCUAUCUAAUGAUUGAGGUUUUUACAUAUUUGCCAUAUUUCGAACAUUUUAAGACGAUUUGCUUAAUAUUCUCAUAAGCAAAAAUUUAAUCUUCCUUAUCAUUUUUGCUGUUAAAGUUGGCUAAUUGAAAAUACGAUCGGGAGAAAAGAGCCUGGUAAGUACUUGCCGGAAGUGACGUACACCCAGGGAGAGGCUUUCAAGAGAAAACCUCGCAUAUCAUGUAAAUGUAUAAACUAUAGGAAAACAUUGUAGUGUUUUUCGCUAAAAAAUGCCAAAUAGGUGUGUUGUGUAUGGCUGUUCUAAUGAACCGAACCUCGAAAAGGAUAUUGUGCUGCAUUGUAUACCAUUCGUGGAUGAUGAGCGACAAGAAGCUCGGAAAAGACGAAAGAAGUGGAUCGAUUUCGUUCAGCGUAAGAGAUUAAAAUGGACACCUGGGACGACAUCGUCAACAUGCUCGCAGCAUUUUAAAGAAGAUGACUUUCAAAGGAAAUUUUUUGUCCUUGGUUCGGAAGAAAAAAACAUGAAAUAUAUGCCUCGAUUGAAAAGAGACGAAAUAGGAAUCAGUGUGUGUCCAUCUGUUUACUUGUCCUCGUCGACAAAGCCAAAAGAGAUGGAAAGAGAUAUUCGCCGCAAGGUGAGAUACAGUACUUCGUCCAAAAUUCCUUUACACCUUUAAUUAAUAAACAUUUUUUUAGAUGUAUAUAUUUAAUUUAUAUAGAUUUUUCAUGCAAAGUAUGGUGAGUCGUCAACUCAGAGUAGUGGCGAAACAAGUCAAGUGACAGACCCGGAAAAUAUCGACCAGGAACACCCAGAUGUCAUGGACAUGGAAGUAUGUAUUUAACAUGAGUGCUUUAAUAUAUUCAUGGCAAAUGGGUAUAGUAACUUAAUAUUCUAAACGUAUAUUUUAAUAUUUUGUCAACUUCUAAUUUUGUUCUGCCACUGGUAAUGAGAACAAUUAUAAAGUUUUAAGUAUCUUUUUAUGCUGUUCUAGAUGCCAGCUGAUAUAGAAACUGCUCCUGUUACCAUGAAAGAAGCUUGGACUCAAACUCAGUCACUACCAACAUGUACUAACUGUCAGAAACUGGAAAAUGAUAAGCGUCUUCUUCACAACGAAUUAAUUACCAUAAAAGAAAAAUUAAAGUUACAUUUAUCUAACCAAGGUAAUAAUCUAUGCAUGUCUUUAAUAUAUGGGGGGUGGGUUAUGGGGGGCAUUUCCAGAAUGAAGUAAGGGCAUAGGGAUAUAAAAAUUGACAAUCCUAGGCCAGUACUAUAACACUUGGUAGAAGUAUUUUUUACUGCAUCAUUUUUAUUGGUUUAUGGAGAUAAGAAAAUUAACAUAUAAGUGACUUCCAAUUAGCUGUGAAUGUCUGAAAUAUAUGGAAAAAACAUCUUCACCAGAGUGUGUAUAGUCACUGAACAUAAAAAAAUAAAAUGUGUUUGUUGUAGAUACAUCAGCCACCAUUGGUUGUGAGAGUGAAACCCAGAAAUGUGAUACUCCCAGCACUACUGCCAUUCCUGACGUCAGCAGCAUUCCUGACUAUAGCAGCAUUCCUGACUAUAGCAGCAUUCCUGACUAUAGCAGCAUUCCUGACUAUAGCAGCAUUCCUGACUAUAGCAGCAUUCCUGACUAUAGCAGUGUUCAAGAUGAGCAUGAGAUGUCUGGUAAAGAAUUGGUGGAGAAGAUUCAUCCCAAGGAGAUAGGUAUAAAUGACUUUAAUUAA